UGGGGAAGCCGGGCUUCAGGGGCCAGCCGAGGGGACCGCGGGCCGGAAGCAGCCGCGGGGCCCAGGAUCCCGGAGCCCCCCCCACCCGGACACCCUCUGGGGACCCCUCCUCUCUUCCCCCAGGGCCCUCGCGCGCCGCCCUCGCCGACCUGCACACGCCGGGAUUUCGUAACCUAGCUCCUUUCCGGGUUGGCGGACUGCUUCAUCUGGGUCAGCCGGCCUGUUGUCCCGGUAACGCGGGAGUCAUCCCGGACCUGAGCCGCGUGGGACAGGGGAGCGCCCCGGGGUCAAGGUCAGCCACCUGUGCGCGCCCUCUCCCCCUCGGAGCACCUCGGCCAUGAAGCCCAACUUCUGCCUGCGUCUGCGGGUCUUCAACCUCAACUGCUGGGACAUCCCCUAUGUGAGCAAGCAUCGGGCCGACCGCGUGAAGCGCCUGGGAGACUUUCUGAACGUGGAGAGCUUUGACCUGGCCCUACUGGAGGAGGUGUGGAGUGAGCAGGAUUUUCAGUACCUGAGACAGAAGCUAUCGCUCACCUAUCCAGCUGCCCACUACUUCAGAAGCGGAAUCAUUGGCAGUGGCCUGUGUGUCUUCUCCAAGCACCCGUUCCAAGAAAUUAUCCAGCAUGUCUACACCCUGAAUGGCUACCCCUAUAUGAUACAUCAUGGCGACUGGUUCUGUGGGAAGGCUGUGGGGCUGCUGGUGCUCCAUCUAAGUGGACUGGUGCUCAAUGUCUACGUGACCCAUCUCCAUGCUGAGUACAGUCGACAGAAGGACAUCUACCUAGCACACCGAGUGGCCCAAGCUUGGGAACUGGCCCAAUUCAUCCACCAUACAUCCAAGACUGCGGAUGUGGUUUUGUUGUGUGGGGACCUCAACAUGCAUCCUAAAGACCUGGGCUGCUGCCUGCUGAAGGAGUGGACAGGGCUACGUGAUGCGUACCUUGAGACCCAGGACUUCAAGGGCUCUGAAGAUGGCUGUACCAUGGUGCCCAUGAACUGCUACGUCAGCCAACAGGACCUAGGACCAUUUCCCCUGGGCAUCCGCAUUGACUAUGUGCUUUAUAAGGCAGUUUCUGGGUUCUGCAUCAACUGUAAGACUCUCAGAACCACUACAGGCCAUGACCCCCACAAUGGCACACCCCUCUCUGAUCAUGAAGCCCUCAUGGCUACUUUAUAUGUGAGGCACAGCCCGCCCCAGCAAGACCCCAGCCCUGUCCAGGGACCACCAGAAAGGUCAUCAUUGAUCAACGUGCUAAGGGAGGCCUGGACGGAGCUGGGGUUAGGCAUAGCUCAAGCUCGCUGGUGGGCUACGCUUGCUGGCUAUGUGAUUGGCCUAGGGCUGAUCUUCCUGGCCUUGCUGUGCAUCCUGGCAGCAGGAGAAGGGGCCAGAGAAAUGGCUGUAAUGCUCUGGACACCCAACGUAGGACUGGUCCUGGGGGCAGGUGCAGUCUAUCUGUUCCACAUGCAGGAGGCCAAAGGCUUAUGUCGGGCCCAGUCCGAGCUGCAGCAUGUGCUGGGAAGAGCAAGAGAGACUCAGGACCUCUGCUCAGAGCCUCAGCUAGCCCCACUCCUGGCAGCAGGAGGGCAGAGCUGAAGAAUAAUAAAAUGUGACACUCUA